AGAGACUCUGAGGGGCGGCAGGAUGACACGGCGAGACACAGCUGCAUGGGCACGUACCGGAGCGCCAUGGCAGCAGGUGUGCUGGUGAGUUUUGGUUGGGAUUGGUGGCAGCGCCAGCUCAGAGGAGCUUUUGAGACACUGCUACAGAAACUCCUGGAAAGCUGGCGAUUUGAAUCUGAGCAUGCAUCUCACCAACUCCGGAUGGGACAAGAUGGAAUGGGGAAGGGGAGAAUCGGGACAGGAUAUACUCUCAAAAGAGAGCAGGCUUCAACAGUUCAAAAUUAGCUGCUCUGUGUAAAAAGACACAAUAGAUUUCAGGCCUUGGGAUGACUUCUUGUGCCUUUACAUCCCUAUGAAACAAGCAGUGUUGGGAACACAGAAUUUCUGAUUUCCCUACAAAGAAAGUACUAUGUUUUGUAGGUCAGGGUAGAAGGCCAGAACUUCAAGGUUCUCAGGGGCAGGGAUGAUGAGUAACGUUCAUUAAGUGAUCUAAACCAGAGUACAAAGAGAGAGAAGAAUCCUAAAUUCUCUGGGAACGUUUUAUACUAAAGGGGCAGGAAGAGGUUGGACACACAGAAGCAUGAGUACAAGAUCUGAAACCAUGUCAGCGUGCCAAAGCGCAUAAUGGCAAGAAUCAAAUGUUUGUACAUGCAUGUACACAUAUGUGAUAGAUUGUGGGAGAUGGAAUUCAGCUGCAUGUGCUAAAGAAAGGCAGGUUAUAUGCACAAACAUGUCCACACAUGAUGUGACCAAACCAAUUGUCAGCUGUGUGUUGCCAGGAGCAUAUCAGUUGCUAUGUGCCCUUGUGUUAAGUCAGUAUCUGCUUCAGUACAUGAGGUGGGGAUUAUUUCUUAAUGCUCAGCUUACAGCUCUCUCCUUGCAGUAGGAUGUACAAUAUUCAAAUGCUCCCCAAAUCCAAAACUGGAUGUUUCAGAGCAAGAGAUGACAGGCUGUGCUCUGUGCCAAGAAAAAUGGACAGGAGAUAGCACCCCUCAAUGCGAUUAUAUACCGCUCUCUCAUCAAAUUGUGGCACAACUGAAAACUAAAGGUUAGACAACUGGUCCAAUGAAAGCAGUUUAAGGCUGGUGAUGGGCAACAGGCUUGUUUCUCUUAGAAAUCUGAAUAUGAUGUAAAAGAGGGAUCACCUCAUGGUGCACGCACAGCUCAUUCUUGCCCCCAAUAAAAAUAUUUUGCAGGAUUUGGUAUAGCCUCCAAAACCCAAAUGCAUACACUGUGAUGGUCUCUCCCAGACCAUUUCCAGCUAUCUAAAGAACUAUGUCCAUCUCCGGCGUAAGAGGACAGUAAAACCAUGACGUUCCUGCUGUGAACAAGGAAAAACAAAAUGGAUCUCCAAAAUGGAUCCAGAAUUUUAGCAAGGAUAUGAGAUGAAUACAUACUUCUGCCUGCGAAUGAUUUCAUGGGAUUCGAAAGCGUAGGCAUGACGGUUGCCUUCAAGGAGACGAAACUGGCGCUGGAGUUUGGCUAACUCGCUUUCGGCUAGUGGGACACAAAGCCAGUGAAGCAACAGGUGGUUUGGGGAGACAGAGAAAAGAAAGGUGGUUAGAAAGUCCAGCAUGAUGGCCUUCUCUUAAAGACCCCACCUAUCACACCUGGCACAAGAAUUAGGGCAGAGACUAAUGUGGUCCAGGAUUACAGAAAGAAGGGAACUUCCCUGCUGUGUUUGGCACAGAUUUGAUGAGCACAAUCAUGAGCAACUUAAUGACUACCAGUGGUAUUCCAUUUAUAUAAUGAGCUCCAGUUGGCUUUGUUAGGCUUGAGACAAACAGCUGUUUUUAAGAGAGCCAAAAGGGGUUUGAGAGAGGCUUCACUUUCCAUGAACAUGCCCACAGGUUUUGUCCCAAUGUCACUUCUGAACAAACAGGUUUUGCAGGUUCCUGCAACAAUAAAAAAGCCUCCAAGACCUGCAUGCCAGAGAACAUGCUUUUCCUCAUAGAAUUCUGGGCAAUGUGGUUAGUUAAGGGUUGCUGAGAAUUAUAACUCAAUGAGUGUGGACCCUCCAAGUGUCCCUAUUUUCCAGGGACACCCCCAAUUUAGAGAAGGGACGCCCCCAAUUUAGAGAAGGAUCGGUUUCUGAUUCGAUCCUGGAAUGUCCCACUUUUCCUUAGAAUGUCCCUAUUUUCACUGGAGAAAUGUUGGUGGGUAUGGAGUUAUCUGACCCCCCAAGCCAUCUGAAGGCAAUCCUGUAUAGGGAAGUUUUUUAAUGUUCAAUGUUUUAUUACCUUUUUAUGUAUGUUGGAAGCUUCCCAGAGGGGCUGGGGCAACCCAGUCAGAUGUGUGGGGUAUGAAUAGUGAAAUUAUCAUUAAGGAAUGGGACAUCCCUAUUUUCAUUGGAUAAAUGUUGGGCGGUAUGUGAAUGCCCAGAAUUCUUUGAGGGAAAGAAUGUGCUUUAAAGGUAUGGUGUAUAUACAGCCUUAGUGUACACAGCAAUCCUUCUUUCAAAGAGCCUUCAAUUCUCUAAAGAAGAAACACACACGCAAGUAUCAAUGACCUCCAUGUAGCCAAAUGAUAGGUCUCUUUGGUCACUAUCAGGUUCCUGGACCCAGGGAAUCCUUGAGUCUACAGAGCUUGGUCAGUUCUGGGAGGAAUUGGUAGAGCUGCUUUUGCGCUCCUGAUCUAGGCAGCCCUGAUGUGUGGCAUGCUUUGAUCAUUCAGUGCGGUUUAUCAGGAAUGGAUUGUGGAAAGGACUGAGGAACAGAAGAGGCUGUGCUGUCCUUCAGGGGAGGCAGCCAGGGGAGCGAGGCAAUACCUGUUCCCUCUUCAUCAGGACAUGAUUGCUUUUCUGAGCAGGUGCUAAUAGUGCCAAGAACAGACCAACCUUUAUUCUACACUCCAGCCUUAUGGACAUCUGGUCCCUUGGCGGCAGACAGGCUCUUGUUUUGUUCCUCGACUGCCAUUUUUUGUUCACUCCCAGCAAAGCGAAUGACUCAGUCUCUGGAUCCUCACAAAGCCACUGACUCAUGCCCACAUGUGUCCCCCGUAUGCUAGCGAGGAUUUGGACAAUUUGUACCUCCGCUACUUUAAUUUAGUCCCUGCUGCUUUUCAAAGCCAACAUUCACUUAAGAGGCCUAGUUCAAAGAGUAAUUCUUACAAGCUAACCAAGACAUGUGGAAAACAGCCAAGGCGCCCUGGUUCUGUCUCUUUGGCCUCAUUCUUUGGAUACAAAGGCCUUAUUUCUCAUCCCUCUGCUCCCUUUCAAAAGCAGUCCCCUUUAGCAACAUUUUUGCUUGGCUUGAAAAAUAUCCCCCAACUCCUUCCUAGUCACCCUGGCAAAAACUGAAAGGAAAUAUAUAUUAUUUCAUGUAGCUGUCAAAGAAGGAGAUAGCCUCUUAGCUUUAUUUUUGUAUCAGAUUUUGCAGAACUGUCUGGUACCUUCAGUUUGCUUCAACCUGGGAUCAGUUUCAGUGAGUCUGAUGUAGUUAUACACAUUUCACUGCAGACAGUGAGCUACUAGCAUAAAUCUUCUCAGUAAAAAUAUUUAUUAUUGCUGGUUUCAUAGCUUUCUACAUACAUGCACUGGCCUAAGACCACAGCAAUAUUGUCCAUGAAAACCCUUUAUAAAAAUGCCAAAUAUGUAUAUGUAUAUGUAUAUAUAUAUGUGUGUGUAUAUAUAUAUAUAUAUAUGAUGACAUGGGUGCUUUAUAGCAGAGACUUAGGCUAAGAAGUGUCAUGGGAAGUUCCCUAACCACAAGAACGUUUGCCAUAACGUCAGCUGAAUAUCCACAUGUUGUCAAUGCAUUAAAGCAUGCAGCAAUUCAGAAAAGCCUGCACUAACCCCAAACUUCAAAAGUUUAAACUGCUCUGUGAGACAGCAAGAGUGCUCUGCUGAUAUUUCACAAAGUUUGGGGGUGGAAGGAUGCUGUGAGGGAAAACAGCAGCCGCUAAAACACUAUGGGAAGAGCAAGAAUAUAUAUGGAUUUCAGCCUGGAAUAAUCACAUUGGUGGAAACAAUAUUGCAGUGAGCUAAGCAAAAUCAGGGCAGGCCCUCACCAAAUCCAGACUUCAGCUAUCAUUAUUAAAGGAUGUCUUCCUGUUCAGAGAAAGUAGACCUCUAAAUACCAGAUGUUUGGGACAAAAUAGGGACUGUCACUUCCAUGUUCUGCUUGUGAGUUUCCAAAAGCAUCUGGCCAGCUGUCAGAAACAGAAUGUCUUGGAUCCAGAGAGACUUAAUCCAAUCCAAGGAGACUUUUAUGUGCACAGACUUAGUAAAAGCAAACUGAAUGGAGAAAGUGGGCCAGAGAAUGACCUUUCUGUUUCCCUAUUCCAAUGUGUGUGGGGGGGAUUUUCCAUUCAAAUGACACUGGGAUCACAUCACAAGCUGCAUCCAGGGACUCUAGUGUUACAAGCUUCCCACAACAAUAUUCCCAAGUGCAAAUUCUGGCUAUGCAAGUGUUCCUACAGCGGUAUCCUCACUUCCCUCCAUAGGAAUUUACCAAGGCCUUCCAAGUCCACGUCACUGCCAUCUGAGCGGAGGCUUGAAGCAGAUUUGAAGAACGGCAUCUUCGGUUUCUUCCUGCUGGUGGAAAAAAAAUGAUAAAACAAAGUGGGAGGCUAGCAGGUGAGAAUCACUGUCAUAAAAUAACUCAUUCAUGGAAAACAGUGCAGCAUACUGCAUAAAACAUAUGAACGGGGAGACCCAGGUUGGAACACUGCUCGCCAUGACAUUUCCCAGUCUGAUCUUGGGCCAAUCACAUGAGCUUAACCAAGGGGGGGGCAGCUGUCCCCCUCUAGAUCAAGUAAAACAACAGAAAUACUUAACUGCCCAAUCACAUCAGUUCUCCCCCCCUAACGAAAAUCCUGGCUACGCCCAUGGCCAGACACUACAUCUUAGUCCAGUGGUUCUCAAAGUUUUUUUUUUCUGGGCCAGGCUUUCAGAAUAAAAAUUUGCUUGUGCCACACUGAUUUUUUUAUUGAUAAGAAAUACAAUGGAAAACAAAAAGAACUCCUAGCAGUGCUUGAUUUAUAACAAUGAACACAACAUUAUGAAAAACUAUCCAUCCAUAUUCUGCAAAUAAAAAAACAAAUAUUUUGAUACUAAUCUACACUACGCUACACUGAAGUGUUUAAAUGUUUCUUUGAUUGUCCACAAAUCUUUCUGCCACACUUGCCAUCAUCUCUUGCCACACCUCAGGGGUGCUAGGACUAUUAACGGCAAGGGAGCAAGACACCUCUAUUCUGUAUUCUGAGCUCCCUAAAUAAAAAAUAAAUAAAUCCAAAUUAAAGCACACAAAUAAAAUGGCAAUCCAACAUUUUCUCCCGCCAACUGACAUUCAUCCUACCAGCGUGCACAACGCCACAGAAACCUCUAACCAGCUGCAUGCAUCUAAUUCAGGGCUCUGCUUUGUUCGUGGCAAUUAUAUUUUCAUGUGUUUUAGAGUCUGGCAAACUGCCUUGCGAGAUCAAUGCACCCUGAAAGGCAGGUUUUAAAAAGUAAACUUCAUUCUAACUCAGUACUUCAUAUGCAGUCUCUUCUGCUGCAAUAGCCAGCAUACUUCUAUCCGUUACACAGAAUCAUAGAAUCAUAAAAGGGUCCCAAGAGUCUUCUAGUCCAGCCCCCUGCAAUGCAGGAAUCCUGCCCACAGCCAUCAUUGGGUGGCUUCAAACCACCAAACUUCUGGUUAACAGCCAGGUACACUGGCCCAUUGUGCCACCUGAGUGACAAUUUGUGCCUUCAGUAUUUCACCUUUAAGAAACUCCCAUCCAUCUUGAAUUAUCUUCUCUUUGAAUAUUUCUGACCAUGAGACUUCACCUAAUAGUUCCUUAAGAAGCAUUGAAAGACUUCUAAAGGUACCAGUAACGUUCAAGAGCCCAGACUUAUAAAUAUAAUCAUUUCCUUGCUUGCCUGAGGUGGCAGAGAACAGCCUCAAGAUGCCUAUACCCAGGAAGCUUUACAAGAAUUCCCUCUUUCUUUCAGUGUUAAGACAUCAAAACUAGGGGGGCUUUGGGCUAAAAAGGCAAUAUAUAAAUUACUUAAAACAAAUGAUUAACGUAGGUGGUAGCAUUAAAAAAAGUUGUGGGCCAGAAACUUGGGCAGACUUAUCUGCAUAUCCUCCAACAUUUCUCUGAUGAAAACAGGGGCAACCUGUUCAACAGCAGCAACAACAAUCAUUUUAUUAUUUAUACCCCACCCAUCUGACUGGGUUGCCCCAGCCACUCUAGGUAGCUUCCAACAUAUAUAAAAACAUAAUAAAAUAUUAAACAUUUAAAAACUUCCCGAUACAGGGCUGCCUUCAGGUGUCUUCUAAUAGUUGUAUAGUUACUUAUCUCCUUGGCUCGGGGGUCACAUAGCUCCAAUGAAGAUAGGGACACCCUACCACACCCUCCAAUAUUUCUCCAGUGAAAAUAGGGACAUCCUAAGGAAAAGCAGGACAUUCCAGGAUCAAAUCAAAAUUGGAAUGGCUUCUGUAAAUCUGGAACUGUCCCUGGAAAAUAGCAACACUUGGAGGGUCUGUAUUUGCAAGGCUACAAAAUACAAGAAAGGGGUAAGCCAUACAGUGUGGGUGAUAUGAACACUGGCAAGGCUCUCACACGAUACAGCUGCAGAGUGAAAACUUUUUAAGCAGUCUCUAAUGCAACAGCCAACCAUGUAACAACAAGCCCUUAAAACUAGUGUCUUAACAGAUCAACUUCUCAGUAACACAGAGGAUGUAUAAACCUUGUAAUGCCCACCUCUUUUGCCUCACAUUUUAUUGGCUGAAAAACUAUGAAUGUAAUUAGCAGGGCUGGAGGGUUUUGUGGUUGUUGUUUUUUAAACAAUUCCACUGUGGGUGCCUGUGUGGUGAAAAGGACAAUCCACUUUUCAUUUUAAAAAUGAACAUUUAAACUAAAAUCAGGUGUGCAUGCAGCAUUUCCCUUUGUUGCCUUUAUUGCUUUCUUGUGGUCCAGCUGAAUGACCACAAAAAUGCUGCUGCUGUAAGUAACAUCUUAGUAGAACCACCCUUCCUGAAACAGAAUAACCUCUGGUACUUAGCACAAGACACACAGACACACACACCAUGUUACUUCUUAAAUAUAUCCCAUCCAAUAGUUUUACGACCACAGCAAGCAGCAUAAUGCAUUAGCACUCACUAAAUUUUGCUCACACUUAAAUCCGCUCAUCUCUUUUCAAAUCACACAUCUACCUCAUCCUUCUUCAUAUACAUACCAUUCCCUCCCUUUCCAUCCAAAUUCAUCCCGUGCCUGUUUUCCCACUAUACCUAAACACCCUCUUAUCCAAAAUCUGUAUAAAAAUGCAGCUUUCUCAGCAACUGUGAACUGGAUUAAAUCAGCCCCAACUCCCGCUCCAAAAGCAUUAACUAGAAGUACCUUUGCUCUCUACUGGAGAGCCACUCUGACAGCUAUGCACUUUAUGUACAGGCAAUCUGUUUGGGGGAUGCUGUGGUACAAACUCCUGGGCUCUCCUGCCAACAGCACACGUUGCCUUUGUCAACUCAGUUGUUAGCAACCGUCUCCAGGAAAUGCAUCAGCUCUUCACCAGCCCUAAUGAAUGAGGAAGGGCAAGAGGAGAGGAAAAAGAGAGCAGGUUACAUACAACUGAUUAGGAAGGCGUUAUGAGGAUUCCUGGGUUCUCUAAAAGGGUAAUCUAGAGGGCCAGCUAAAACAGGGGGCAAAAGUAGAAGAGGACUCCAGGGUUUAUUUGAUAAGGUAAAGCAGGGGUUGAAGGUUAUGGUGGACCCGAGAUCCAAAUGUGCUCAAAUGAGACUGCUGUCUUAGAGCCCAGAAAGAGCAAGUGAUUUUGAAUUCUCAAAGAUAAAGGGAGGUUAAAUUUGUAUGAGUUAUAGAGCAAUAGCUUCUGAAUCUACUGGGAAGGUAGUAGGGUCUAAUGAGUUAUAAGAGUCAUGAAAGUCAAACACGCAGAGAAAAGGCUUAUCUAGGAACAUCUGGUUAGUUUAGACAUUUUUUUCUCCUUUUCCUACCCUUUCUUAUACUUUGCAAUCCCUGCCCCCCAGCCCUACAUACAACAGUCCUUUAACUUUCCACCAUGCCACACAGGGUCCUAAUACUUUCAGAUGUACCUAAGGCUCUACCAGGACAUAUCAUCAUAAUUGUCAGGUCAUCUUGUUCCAUGGAUUUCUCAGGUCAGAAUGUCAGCUGCCUACAACUACUGCUGUGUGCAUUUCUAAUCACAACAGCCCGAGAAAGCAGGAAUUUAGUAGCUAUAUUUCUAUUUACUGCCCCCGCCCCUUCUCCUCAGGAAGUGCUUCAUCUGCUUAAUUUCUGUGUUCCAUGCUACAGCGAUACUUAGAAAAAGAGAUGGCAACCCCACCUAGCAUUGUAUAUUGUUGGUGGGCACCAAGUAAAUGCACCAAAGGUCCUAACUGCUUCCAUGACCUAUUGCCAGCAUGUUAUGCCAAAGCUUUAAUGUACCAGAUCCAGGACAUGAGAGUUCAGGUAUCAACCAAGUGAAGGGUCACAGCUCAUGCCAAUAUCAUUGAAGAUCAUGCUAAGACCCUGUGAGGGCAUAUGAUGUUUAGCAGCUCCAAGGACCCUAACAGGAUGUGGCAGUGCGGUGUAGUGGUUAGACUGUAAGACCCAGCAGGCCAGGGUUCAAAACUCCACUCAGCUGUGAAGCUCACUGAGCAACCUUAAGCCAGCCAUUGUUUUAUCAAUCUAACCUACCUCACAGGGUUACUCUGAGGAUUAAAUAGGGGCAGGGAAGAGCCAUAUACACCACCUUGAGCUCCUUGGAGGAAAAGUAGGAUAUAAACAUAAUACUAAAAUCCCAAUACUAAUGUGUUUGGAGGUACGCAACUACUCCAAAGACUCAGCAGGUGACCCCAAAGCCUGACCUCACCAAAGUUCUCUAUAACCAUGCCAAGGCACCUGAACCACCCCCUAGGUCCUGGUAGAUCACGCUAAACCCCCCAUGUAGCCAUGAGGCUAUGGGGCUCAGUCACACUGCAACCCCUACAAGUCAUGCCAAAUUCCUUUGAAUGUGCCAAGCCCCCCAUGUCCUGGAAGGCCACACUGGAAAUCCUGCAAAGUCACGUGACUCCGAAUUAUCAGCUCACAAUCACACAAACCCCUCAAGGUCCCCCUGCUUCUCCCUCUCCAGAUUUACUCAAACCAUACAUAGGAUCCCAGCAGUCCCUAAGCCCCACCCCUUCUGGUAAGCCCAUCCCUUUACCUUACAGGCCUGCAUUCGCACUGCGCAUGUGCGAAAUUAACAGUUCCUUCCUUCCUUCCUCCCCCCUCCCUCUCAAGCCUCUCGUUUUAGCACCCUCAAGAUUAGUUCUAGGCACAUGCGCAGUGUGAGACUUCGUAGCUGCCCGGCGCGGGGCGGGCGCGAGGCGACGUACGUAAAGGAUCGACGACGCGGGAGGGUUGCCAUGGCAACUUUCCAUCGCCAAUGGCCCUUGCCAAACCACAUCCCUCGCUCAGUUUGUCCCACUGCUGCUGGUUGCCAUGGAGACUGUUUCAGAAAGGAAGCUCGCGAGGGCUGGGAGAUAAUGAGGCACCGCGAAGGGAAAUAUGACAGGCUUUGGAUGGGGCAGGAAGAGGGCUGUUUCGGAAAAAGGGGGAACUUUGCACCAGCCCCUCGACUCUGAGGGGAAAUUUUGUAUGGAGGAGAAAUGAUUAGUAAUUUUGAUUAUUAUUUUUUGCUCGACUGGCAAAUUAUAAACUUCCCCCGCUGCCUUCCAGUUAUACAUUCAAAACUAGAAUAUUACGUUUUUAUUCAAUAUUCUUUUUGUGACUUUUUAGUGAAGGGCAGGAUAUAAUUCCCAUAUUGAUAUGGGGGAAAUGCUGGGUUCCAUGUCUACAAGUUUAUCACUUUUUACUUAUCAUUGCAUUUAUAGCCCAUCUUUUCCUCCAAGGAGCUCAUGGUAGCUUACAUGGUCUCCUCAUUUUAUCCUCAUAGCAACCUUGUAGGCAGGUUAGGGCACACUACUGAGCUUCAAAUCCACACCAUACAUUUAAGGCACUAUUAUACUACUUCAACUGUAAUGGGGGAUCCUAGGAACAGUUUUCUUAAGGGUGCUGACCUCACAGAGCUACAAUUCCCAGCACACUAAAAAAAAACCACUACAGUUCCCAAUAUUCCCCGUAACUGUUAAAAUGGUAAAAUUGUGCUUUAAAUAUAUGGUGUGGGUGUGACCUUAUAGCUGUGUGGGAAUUUGAACCUUGGCUUCCCAGAUCCUAGUUUGAUACUCUUAACCAGACAAGUUAUGUUUCUAGCCUUCAUGGUUAUGGAUGAGGAAAGGGGUAGUGGUUAAAACAUAGUUUCUAGUCCUCAUGGUUGCAAGGAGGCAAUCUUAAAACAGAAAAUGCACACAUCCUUGGGAACUGGGAGAUGCAAUAGCAUUAUAAGCAAGCCUUUUCCUGCCUCUUCUUACCCUCCCACAGAAUAAAUCAGGUUAACAUAAGAGGGCAGCCUCAGACUAUUCAGAUAGCUGGGUCGGUGUACAUCAUGGCACUGCAGUUUCUGGUUGUGGAUGACAGCUCUGCUUGGGGAACCUCACAACAUUGCAAGUCUCUAGCUCUCCCUUUAUAUGUGUGUGUCAUUCAAUACUUAAACCCAUUUUCCAGUCAAGGUGAAUGAGCAGUAUUUAUAUUUUACUAGCACACUUUCAUUAGGAGUCACACCUCUGAUGGGGUUGAUAUGUCAAGACUCCAAAAUGUGGAACUUUGGCUGAAUUUUGCCAUGGCUUUGCUUGUGUGCUCAGAGCUUGGUUUUGUAAAGUGGAGUCCUGUAAUUUUUUUGGUGUCCAAGAAUCAGGUUGGGGGAUCAGCUGAAAUAAGGGAUAGAUUAGUUCUAUGAUAGUUUUGCUCUGUGCAUGCAGAGUAGCUGGCAUUCUGAGGUGGAAGAAUUAACUAUAUUACAUCUGAAUCCUGAUGGAGGAUCCUGCACAUUGUCAAAAAAAUCCUGCAAGUAGAAAAGUAGUAUACCAGGAAGCAGACAUGGGGGUGGCCCCAUGUCCCAGGUCUUGUUUGUCAACAUAAGAAGACCUACCGAGUUCAUCAUUCUGUUCCCACAGCGACCAAUCAGAUGUCUAUGGGAAGUCUGAAAGCAGGACUUGAGUCCAACAGCACUCUCCCUAUCCAGCUUCCAUCAGCAGUGGAGAGAGAACAUACUGUAGCCAUCAUGACUAGUAGUCAUUGAUAUCCUGUGGAGCCUUGGAUCUGGUCCAUAGCUGUCAACUUACAGAUUUGAAAAUAAGGGACCAGCAGCCAAAAUAAGGGACCUGCAGCCUCACCUGUUCCAGGCACUCCAGUCUUCCUGUCCUCCUGCAGUCUGGUCAAACUCAUGCUGGUAGCUUCAAGAACACUGUCCAACCAACUUUGUAACCAGAGGUUCAACUGAAUAGAAUCUGAAUCACAUGCACCACAAGGCCUACGCAGCCUCAACUUAAGAUGGCUCCCCAGCCUGGCUUUGCACUGCAAAGUUUGCAGCAGCAUGUGCAACAAAAUGGCGUCCAGCAUUCAAACCCCCCCUCAGCUUGCAUUAACUAGCCACACACAAGGCAUGCAAGCUCCACCCCCCAGUCAUUCUUAGACUUCUUAUUGGGUGAGCAACACCCAGUGUUGGCUAAGCAACACAGUUGGAGCCUCCCACCUCCCUGGCCAGCAGGGAGGGAGGGAGGGAGAGGAGCUGCUUCCUUUGAAAUUUAAGGGACAUCAUUUAAGGGACAUCUAUCAAUAAGGGACAGCAGCGGGACAUGGCGCUGGAAUAAGGGACUGUCCCUUCAAAUAAGGGACACUUGACAGCUAUGAUCUGGUCACACACACACCCCCCCCGAAAAAGGAUAUUGCAAAGUUGGGAAAAAAUUCAGAACAGGGCAACCAAAAUAAUCAAGGGAUGAAGCAACUCCCCUAUGGGGAGGAAAGGUUACAACAUUUGGGGCUUUUUAGUUCAGAGAAAAGGUGAGUAAGAGGUGACGUGCAUAGAAGUGUAUAAAAUUAUACAUGAGAAAGUAGAGAGGAAAAAGGUUUUACUCCCUUCUCUCAUAACACUAGCAGUACCUAGCAGUGCCCUUGAAGCCUGGACUAUAAGCAUUCUCUCUAAUAUGCUAAUAGUUUCCCUUUACUUGUAGGGAGAUAUUUGGUUGGUUUUUGUUUUGUUUUGUUUUUUGUUUUAAUGUAGGAGAAGAUAAAAAAAUUGUACACCUCCCCGCCACUCCUUGCAGCCUGAAUUCUACUCUACCACUUGCCUAUUCAUUCAGAUGCCUCUUUGUAAACCAGGCAAUUAGUGGGAAUCCGUCUGGGACUAUUUUUAAACUUGUGCUAUGAUUUCCAUUUUUGCCCUUGAGCUUCACUUUACUUUCUGGAUAAAUAAAUACUUUCAUUGAAAAGGCAAUUAAUCCAGUCACUCCCUGUUCCAACUCUUCUCUUGCCAGUCCUUCCCUUCCCCGUACCUCUCAUCCACUCUACACCACAAGAACAUAUAUACGUGAUCACACACUCUUGUACUCGUAUGUUAAUUAUUCUGGAAUAGUUAACAGACUCUGGUCCUGUAACCAUGGCUAUCUCGAGUGCAUAUGCAGAAAGGUGAAAUAGAUACUUUAAAAAAGAAUGUAAUGUUUUUAAGUGCCCAGCAGGAUAGAAGCAAUCAUGAUUUGCUUAUUUAUUUAUUUAACCCCUGCUCUUCGGGAUCCUUCUGGAUGGAAAAGAGGGGUUGAACUAAAAUAAGUAAACAAGCUAUUAUAGUAUUGUUAUGGUAUAAGAGAUAGAAGAUAGGGUUCGGCAGAGGGGGAGAAAUAAAAACACCACGGAAAACAGAGUAUAUUCCAGUGUAUAUGUUAAACUUCUGAAAAUUUAAUAAAAAAAAGAAGUAAACAAACAACUGUCAUAAAUAACUCCAUCCAGAAAGGUGCACUAAAAGGCAGUAGAAAAUCCAACCUUUUACCAAUCUAUAGACACCAUGACUAUAAAUAUGGCAGGGAGGUAAGUGGGUAUGAGCAGGCCACUAAUCUGGAUUAAGUGAUCUUGAAGAUGUACUGUGGAAAAUUUCCCGCAGUUUUAAAUCUUAAAUUGUUUAUGGAUUGCAUACUUUGCAUUAACAGUAAAUUUAAAUAUUGCUAUAGGUUCUGGGUGCCAGAGUUUGUGAGUGCAAGUCACCCAUAAUUUUUGAAUUCAGUAGAAGAAUUAAAUUUAGUUCCUGCUAAUGAGCCAGGCCAGCUCCUGCAGAGCUAGUUGGAUGGGGGCUAUUGGAAGAACAGGCUGAUGAUGGCCUGUCAUUAAGUCUUCUUCUUUGGCGAUCACUCGUAGCUGAGUAAGAUUGUCUUCCAUAAACACGGUUUUAACAAUGAGUCCAUAAGUGACUGUGGAGGCCAAUUUUCUGUAUCCACACGUCCUUCCACAGUGGGGACAUUGGUUUCCGAGCGGGAGUUGAUCACAGUGUGGAUUUGCCAAGAGUGCCUUCCUCUUAGCACGUUUCUCCCUUGCAUCCUGAGUUCGAAUGUCUUCAAAGCCCAUGACACCUUUGGUAAAGGCUGUUCUCCAAGUGGAACGCUCACAGGAAAGUGUUUCCCAGUUGUCAGUGUUUAUACAGUACUACAUUUUUUUAGAUUUGCCUUGAGACAGUCUGUAAACCUCUUUUGUUGACCACCAGCAUUAAGCUUUCCAUUUUUAAGUUCAGAAUGGAGUAGUUGCUUUGGAAGACGAUCAUCAGGCAUCCGCACAAUAUGACUAGUCCAACAAAGUUGAAGAAUCAUUGCUUCAACACUGGUGAUCUUUGCUUCUUCCAGUACACUAAUAUUAGUUCACCUGUCUUCCCAAAUAAUGUGUAAAAAAAAUUCAGAGACACCGUUGGUGGAAUCUUUCAAGGAGUUGGAGAUGGCGUUUAUAAGUGGUCCAUGUUUCACAAGCAUAUAGUAAGGUUGGUAAUACAAUAGCUUUGUAAACAAGCGUUUUGGUUUCCCUGCGAAUGUCCUGGUCCUCGAACACUCUGCACUUUGAUCGGGAGAAAGCCACACUCGCAGAGCUCAGGCGAUGCUGGAUUUUGGCAUCAAUGCUGGCCCUUGUGGAAAGAUAACUGCCUAGGUAGGAGAAGUGAUUGACAUUUUCCAAUGUUACACCAUUGAGUUGGAUUUGUGGCGCUGCAGAGGGGUUAUUUUGUACUUGUUAGUGCAGCACUUUGGUUUUUUGGAUAGGCCAAUAUUUUCGUAAGCUUCUGCAAAGAUAUUUAGGAUGGUUUGGACUUGGUCAUCCUCUGAGUGUGCACACACUACUUUGUCAUCAGCAUACUGAAGCUCUAUGAUGGAAGUUACUGUAACCUUACUCUUUGCUUUCAGCCUGCUCAGAUUGAAGAGCUUUCCAUCUGUUCGAUACAUGAUUUCUACUCUGGUGGGGAGUUUCCCUUCGACAAAGUGUAGGAUCAUGGCAAUGAAAAUAAUGAACAGAGUUGGGGCAAUAACACAACCCUGUUUAACACCUGAUCCCAAUUAAAACCAUCAACAAGGCAAAAUACUCUGAUACAGAGAGGAAAUACUCCACUCUGAUCUCUAGGUAAUUAACAAAAGAUAGUACCAGAGUUGGGAGGAGAAAGUUUCCAGGGUUGUAGUGGGCAAUAAUAUAAGCAAACAGGAAAGCAAACAGUGUCCCUUUUGCAAACUGGAGGGGAUAGGGCAGAGCAUGAGGUGGGUAAUCUGUUUUCUGCUGCAGAGAGGGUGAGACACAAUGUUUAGGGUCUCUUGGAAUCAAAGGCUGCAGCAAUGGAAGGAACAGGGCUCCUUUAGGAUGUGAAUGUUCUGCACUCUCUCCAUCUAGGCUUAGGUUGUAUAUAUGUGUAAAUAAACCAUAUAUCAUAAAGACGCCACAGUCUCUGCUGUGUCUCAUUAUCCAAAAGGAAAUACAGACCCUGGAAAGCAUGCCUGGUACCCCUGGAAUCUCACACCGCUCAGACAUUGGGCGGUGUGUAACAAGAUGUUGAGCCAUUUAGUGUGGGUGGGAGGGAAUUCCCCCCCCCCUUUUUUUGAAUUUUGUUUCAUUACAGAGUUUUCUGCAAAUAAUUAGCUUCCCAUACCUUGGUCGCUUCCAGAUUGCCUGUUUAUUGAGCACUCAUGCUGAUUUGUGUUAUUGAAUCUUGAAGUGCCCAUCCUACAGUCCAGUUUCGCACCUCAAGGGUAUGUUAGAAAUAUUUACACAUUCUGGAGUAGUGAAUAUGCUGCCAGAACAGUCCUCCCUUUUCCUUUUUCCCUUUUGUGGAAAAUAAAGUACCCUAAACUGCAAAUAAGUUGUCAUAAGUAAUCUGAGCUUUAAUUUCUUCAUGAUUUUUUCUACCACUGCUAGGAACCAUAAAUUGGAUUACAACUGUUGAUACUAUUAAUCAUGCAGCUAUCAACAUACAAGAAAUGAAUUACUUGUGUUAAUGUCUAUGUUAACGCCUCACAAAAUUUUUAACAGACUGUGUACACACCAUACAUUUAAGGGCACACACACAAAUUCUGGGAUCUAUAGCUUAUCCCUCACAGCUUCAGUUCUAAGCACUCUUUGAAAACUAUGGUUCCCAGGAUUAUUUGGGAGAAGCCAUGUGUUUUAAAUGUAUGGUGUAUGCACAGCCUUACGCUGAUGUAAUAUUUACAUUUUGUUGCAUGAUACAAUUUACUCUUUAAAUGUCAGUUCCCAAAACAAAUAAUUCUGCCCCAUUUGUAUCUUUUCUUGCUCUCCCUUCAAUAAGCUAACAGCUACGUACCUAGGUUUCUAGUGUAAUCCCAUGUAUAUUUAAAUAGAAAUGUUCUACGGUAUUCAGGGCAGCGUACUCCCUAAUAAGCUAUUGCUGCUCUAGGUGUGCCCUUGGAUUCCACCUGAUUUUGGUGCCCCAUUGUGGAAGUUGUUAAUGUGAGGCAGAGAAGUAUCAGACCUGGAUAGAAUGACCCAGUGGUGAAAGAGAGGUAGUCUACGCAUGCUUGGGGAUACAUUCAUUUUAUGAAUACUUUGGGGCUGGAUCACCAUAAUUGUUUUGGGAAGGAACUGUGCUGAGCCUUGGCUCAGAUACAGCCCUCGUUACUUCAUUGGAUGGAUGGAUGGAUGGAUGGAUGAUGAGGCCCAGGCCCAGUAAAUUUUAGACUGUCCUAGGAAUACAAUAACCCAGAUAAUUGGACUAAUGGUAGAAUCAGGACAGAUUGGAGAAAGCACUUCUUUAUACAUUUUAUAAUUAUUAUAUAAAAUGUAUAAUAUCAGGGCUUUUUUCAGCCAGAACUCCCUGGAACUCAGUUCUGGCACCUCUCAUGUGGGCACCAUUGCCCUUAUAAGAGAACAAGGGAGGUGUUCAUGGUGAGUUCCGGCACCUCUUUUUCCAGAAAAAUAGCACUGUAUAAUAUGUAUUAUUGAUUGCAACAAUAAGCAGUGAUGGCCACUUCACUGUCUUAGGACACUUCCAGAGAGUCACUGUGGGACUCCAUCACAUACCAGCAAAUUCAGGUUGUGCAGUUAAAGCUUAUGUGGUGGAGCCCUUGCACAACAGACCCCAAACUCCAAAAAAUCUGAUUGUUUUUAUAAUAAGGAAAAUGAGGGGGGAAUGCACUGGAUAGUGUGGGGCAAGAUUUGCUUAACCUCCCCACAGGCAAGGCAGAAGAGUGCUCAAUCAACAGAUUGUCUGGAAAUGACCUUACGUGUGGGUUAAACCACAGAGCCUAGGACUUGCCGAUCAGAAGGUCGGCGGUUCGAAUCCCCACAACGGGGUGAGCUCCCGUUGCUCGGUCUCUGCUCCUGCCAACCUAGCAGUUCAAAAGCACAUCAAAGUGCAAGUAGAUAAAUAGGUACCGCUCCGGUGGGAAGGUAAACGGCAUUUCUGUGCACUGCUCUGGUUCGCCAGAAGCAGCUUAGUCAUGCUGGCCACAUGACCUGGAAGCUGUACGCCGGCUCCCUCGGCCAAUAAAGUGAGAUGAGCGCCGCAACCCCAGAGUCAGCCACGACUGGACCUAACGGUCAGGGGUCCCUUUACCUUUACCUAGACAAGUAAACUGAGCAUAGGUCUGUUAAUGGUCAUUAGUAAUCAAAGCUGCUCAGAAACAGUGGAGAGCCAGCCCCCUGCUUGUGGUCUUCUUAGGGGCAUCUGAUUGGCCACACUCAGAAAUGGGAUGCUGAACUAGAUGGAUAUUUGACCUGACCCAAUAGGACUCUUCUUAUAUACUUUCUAGCUUUUCUUUCCUAUUCCAGUAAACAUAUUUUCCUUCCAAGGCUCCAAGGUUGAAUAUGAUUGCAGUACUUCAUUAAAGAUUAAACGGAGACCAGGUUUUCUUCUCCCUCUACAAGUAGCAUAGCAAAAGAAGGAAGAUGGAGUUGUCUGUCCACAGUUACUACAGGUAUGGAGAGUUAUUAUAUUCUUUUAAGCUUUGUACAGGAAUGCCAGAGUGUAUCUCUUUGCCUUUUGUGACUUUUUGGCCCCUCUUUACAUUUCUGACCCCUCUGUGGGUGCUUCCAGACUGUCGCUAAAACGAAAUUCAAUCACAAAUGAGUAAAUUCAGGUUGUGUAUUUAUAGCUGAAUGAGAGGUCUUGUGCAGCUUCUUUGAGUCAAAUCCCCCCACGUUUUCUUUCCAGUAAGGUGAAAGGGAAACGUACUGGAAAGUGUGGGAUAACACUUGUUUUUGCACAAUGGUCAUCCAACCUCUCCUCCAUCUAACUUCCCUGCAAACAAAUCGGGAUGAAUGUCCAAAAGCUGGUCUGGCAAGUCCACACAGAGGAUAAUUCUGAAGAUAAUUCAUUUGAAGAAGUGGGUUCCAGUCCACGAAAGUGCAUGUCACAAUAAACUUGUUGUGUGGCACGGGUUGGGGGGGGGUCCAGUAAUAGGAAAAGACCCCCCUUUUCACCUGGCCAGUGCUUCUGUGUCUUAAUAGUUUCGUGACAGGCAGAUAAAGGUUCCCCCCACCCCACCCCACCUCCCUUUCCGGACAAGAAAGUGAAAUGGUGAAAAAGACUGAGUGGUUUCUUCCUUUCGUGCAGACCGAGCCCUUGUCAGCCAGGAAGAAAAGCGGCAAAAGAGACACGACACAACUGGAGGAGGGGCGCUACAAUUUUCAAGAAGUCGGGCCCCUCCCAAAUGAGCCACCCUUCCCCAACUCCGUUCUUCGGGGCAACUGGCCAGCCACGCGCUCUCUGGUCCCACCCACGUGGACCUUUGCCAAGGGCAGGGCUGGGUAAGCCUGGUGCGAUGUGGAUGAGCUAAACUGGGGAAUUCUGUGUGUUUUUUUAAUCCAAGGAGGGGGUGAAGAGAGGAAACUUCAGGAGCAACAAGAGCAGCAGGAAGCUGCCUCCAUCCUAGACCCUCCAUCAGCACCUCCAGGUACCUAUCCAACGGGUCAGGGGGAAAGUUGGGUGCCAAAACUCCUGGGUUCUCGAGGGAGAAUUUGGGAAACGAGACCUUGGGAAAGGGGGAGGGGGGUUAGAGCAGGGUGCUAGGUAGGAUCCCAUAAUAUUCCCGUUUGGCGGUGGGAAGAGAGAUCGAGAGAUCUCGCCAGUUAGGCUCGGAAGAGCUGACAGCCAGAUUUUUUUUUUUUUUUUUUUAGGAAAUAGAAAGGGAUUUGUGAGAAUUGAACGGGAGAGGCAUCAAUUUGACGCCUGGGGCUGGGGCUGGGGGGGAGGAGAAGCCUUAGCAAACCACUCCCCUCUGUCAGAUUGCCAGCCCCUCCCUCUGCUCUAACCCUCUGGACCCCGCGUCCUCUCCCCAAAAUCCUCUCUUUUUCGCCCGCUCGUCGCUAUGAUCCAUUUCCUUCCCCAAGAGAAUUCAGGGAGCCUUCCUUCGGACACACGACCCGAUCGCUCCAAGCUCCCUUAGCAGCGCUUUUUAGAUGGAGUCCGAUCAAUACAUUGCUUAGGCCGAUACACGAAGGUCGUUGUAAAAGGCAAAUUUUGCAAAUGGAGGGUAGCCCCCCCCCCCAAUAAAGCUCACCCAGCUCCACCUCCUGAAUCGUCCACGUUUUAGCCAACUCACGGCGCACCGUAAAAGGGUAGCUGCGAAACUUAAAACAAAAGCCGAGGGGGCGGUGUUCCCUCCCCAGCCCCCCCAUUGAGACUCCUGCCUGCCUUGAAUAACAAGGUGCUUGAGGUGUUGGAAAUCACGGAACCUCUCAGAUCCCCAGAUGCUGCCCCUUCUCCAAAGUAGUGGGUAUUGCAUUUCGGGAUAAUGUGAUACCUUAUGGGGGUGCGUGUUUCUUCCAAAAUGGGUUUCCUAGCAUCCUAUAUACUUCAGUUAUUUACCCUAAGCUCAACAUACUCUGCUACUACAGCUGACAAAACCCAGCCUAGGUUUCUAAAGGGCCUUUUCAUGUAUGAGGUUUAAGAUUAAACUGGAUGGUGAUAAUGGAAAAGUAAAUGCUGUUGUUGGUCUCUCUUCCAGUUUUUAUUCCCCAUUUGCAAUUUUCAUGUGCAGCAGAAAUGAGAUGCUGAAAUACCUUUAAUUGUGUGAAAAUUACCCCAGGCCUUAAACUGAUGGAGAUAUACAUUCCUAAAAGAUAUAUCUAGGACAAUGAUUUUGGUUUUUUUGUAUUUGUUUAAAGUAUUUUGUAUCUGUUUAAAAAGUAGACUAAUGCAGCAAUCCUAAUCAAGACUACUCAGAAGUAAGUCCUGCUGAAUUCAUUGGGACUUAUUCCCAGGCAAGUGGGACUAUGAUGCUGCAGUCCUGUGCACAUUUGGAAGUACCAGACCAUAAGACACACCUAGUUUUUGGAGGAGGAAAACAAGGAAAAAAAUAUUCUGAAUCUCAGAAGCCAGAAUAACAAGAGGGAUGGCUGUGCAGCGAAAGCAGCGAUCCCUCUUGCUGUUCUGGCUUCUGGGAUAGCUGCGCAGCCUGCAUUCGCUCCAUAAGACGCACACACAUUUCCCCUUACUUUUUAGGAGGGAAAAAGUGAGUCUUAUAGAGCAAAAAAUACGGUAAGUCUCACUGAAGACUUACCCUUCUGAGUAAAGUUAUGCAGGAUUGUGCAGUGUUGCUACACUCCUAAACAACUUUUCUUGGAUUCAGCCCCAUCAAACUCAGUGGCGCUUGCUUCUGAAUGUGCAUACUUAGGACUGAAUUGUAUUGUGCCCUCCCCAUUUUGUGAAUUCUAAUAUGUUUUUUUACACCCUUUAUUUUGUGGAUGCUUGUUUAUUCUUAACACUGGUUUUAGUAUCCUCACAGAAAAAAGAAGUAAGUUAUUCUAAAGAGCUCUUCUGUGAUCAAGCAGUUUAAGUUGCCUAUCCAUGCAUUCUGACCUCUCUGCCUAGGAGCCAGAUGUUAAUUGCCAGUGUCAGAAAAUUUUAGUGACAUAUGUGUAUGUGUGUUGGCAGUGUUCAAAAGAGGAGUGCCUUUUCAAUCUGGAAUGAGUCAUUUGCAAAUGUUAUUCAUAGGAAACGAAAAGCAGAAGAGAAUGUUUUUUUCUUUAAAAAAACUCCCAAAUAUAAAUUCUAGUCCAUAUAGCUUUCGUAUUCAGUUCACAAAUUAAGGGCAUGCACAUACAAUUUAAAAAGUUGGGGGAAGCUAGAAUAAUUUUACAGUUUUGUAGAGGAAGCAGAAUAGCGUGAAAACCUAGUCAUGUGGUGCAUGGUAAGAUACCCAGAUAGCAGAGAAACAUAUCAACCCAAGCAGAUACCAAAAGUCCUGUCUCUCACAGCUAGCAUAUGUUCUCAUGGCACUUCAAGUUGCUUUGAGUUUACAUUUUAGUAAAAAAAAGAGCAACUAAUAAGUGCAAUACAUAAUAAUAAAUACCGGUAAUAAUAGGAGCGACUUAUCCUUCUAUGUAUUAUUAUCCUAAAAUAAAAUGAAAAUGGUUCUUUUUCUGCCUUUUUUGUAAGGCAGGCACUGGAUUCCUUAUUUUUCAAAGCUAGGAAUGGCCUUAAGUUGGCUGCUGUGGGAAAAUUCAGAAGUAUGCAGUGGCGUAGCUAGCCGCUCGGGUGCCUGGGGUGGCGCACACCCCAUUUGCACUAUCAAUUUCAUGCAGUGUUAUUCUACUUCAAACAGUCAUGGCUUCCCCUGAAGAAUCCUGGAGACAGUAGCUUGUUAAGGGUGAGGAGAGUUCUUAGGAGAUCCCUAUUCCCCUCACAGAGCUACAAUUCUCAGCAUGGUUUAACAACUCAAUGCCCUCUUCCCAUGGAACUCUGGGAAUUGUAGCUCUCCUAACAUGCACUCUUAACAAACUACAGUUCUUUUGUGGGACUCCUUCUGGGAAGCUGUGACUCUUUAAAGUGCUACUGCUUCAAAUGAGAGCAUUGAAGUUUAACUAGGAGCUAGAAUCUGUUAAGUUUUCUGCGAUGGGAUCUUUUUGGAAACAGAUGAAAGACCAGGAGGCAGAAUUUGUGGAUCUGGAAGGAGAAUGGACUGGGCUUAAUUUGAACCAGGAUUCAGUCCAAGCACUUUGUUUUCAGUACCAGGCCAUGAUAUAGGACUUCAAUACUUUACAGUGGGGUGGGUGGGAGGGAUGUGUGUGUCAGACUUGGAGGCCAAAGCUCACCUUCCAGACUUCUCUAUCUGGCCCCUGUGACUUUACCUAGAUCACACCCUCUUACCUCAGGCCACACCCUCUCACCAAAUUUACUUCACAUCCCUUUUGAGAGUUUUUGCCUGGCUGGAAUGUGUCAUUGAGCUCUGAUAAUGCCUCCUGCUUGCCUAGGUGGAGGCUGGAGCAGGGUGUGAGGGUCAGUGUAGAAAGUAGCUUGAUGUACACAGGUAAAAUUUACAUGAAUUGCUCAGCCACUUUUGCUUCUGGUUCCACGUGGCACUGGCAUGUGGUCCCCAGAAAAGAAUGUGGCCUGGCGGCUGAGAAAGUUCUCCCAUCCCUGUUUUAUAGGUUAAGCCACUCUAGGGAUUGUAGCUCCAUGUGGGUCUCCUAACAACUCACAGCACCCUUAGCAAACUAAAGUCCCCAGGAUUCUUUGGGGGAAGCUGUGACUGUUUAAAGUGGUAUGAUCUUGCCUUAAAAGUCAAUUUAAGAAAUUAACUACUGAGAAAAUGUAGUCAGAAACUGUAGGUUUGUUGCUGCUGCUGGCUUUUAUUAUUAUUAUUAUUAUUAUUAUUAUUAUUAUUAUUAAAAACCGACCUCAUGUUUGCAACUUCCUUUUGCCUUUCUUGCUGCUCUGCAAUUUCUGAUGUAUACCAUCAGGAUUCCCUCGCUGGUAUUUGAAAGGCAGGGCCCCUUGGUGGGACUGAAGGAGGCGGCAGCGACACAGCCAGGCUGUUGCUACCUCCACCCCUGGCAUGCCCAGGGCUCACAUGACUCUGCAACAUCUGGAUCACAUUAGGGCAAAGCCUAAAGCCACAGGAAUGUGAGCUGGGUGGAUGAGCCCAGCUCCUUGCUUCUCUGGGCUGGAGGGGGCUGGGAAAUACGGCGUGUCCAAGGAGGGGCUCGGAGCUCUAGAUAUCUCCAGACAGACCCAAUGAGGUGUGGGUAACAGCUAGACAGAAAUGUACAAUAUGUGCUUAGAAGCUGGGGCUUGGGAGUCCUCUGGGAGUGAUGCAGUGGGUGAGAAUAGUGGGCCUGAGCCUCAGGACUCCUCCUGGCUUCUCUAAGUGGGUUGUGGCAGGGGAGACAGGCCUGCUGCGAGUCAAAGACUUUGGGGGAAUGGGAUCUACUAGUUUGAGCGGGGGAGGGAGUUAGAAUGGGAAACCAGGGGCCCUUACAUUCCGGAGAAGGAACAGUGGUGUCUAGCUGCUCAGGCUGGAGCUGGAAAGAUUUCUGAGUGAAGAAGGUGGGAGGUCUGGAGUUGGAAACUCUGUUAAGAUUUAAUCAGAUUUUGGACACCCUCACCUAUCCCUAGUAUUAAGUGCAGAAAACAGGUUGUUGUUUUUGUUUUGCAAGGGUUUGUUUAAUGCUGCCCACCCUUCUCUCCCCAGCUUCCAGCUGCCAAGAUGAGUUUCCUUCUCUUCGCAGUCACUGCCCUCCAUGUCCUCAUUCUCAUCUUACUCUUCGUCGCCACGUUGGACAAGGUGAGAGAACGCAGAAGCUCUCGCUCCCGGUCCAUCUUGUUUUACUCCUCUGUUUUAGGUUUGUUCAGCUGGUAGCCUGUUGUGAGCCAGAUCUGGCCCUCGGAAGCAACUUUUUAUUGGCCCCGUGCCUCAGUGGGCAUACCAAUCCUUAAUCCAGGUGUGGUAAACAAUUUCAUUCACCCUGGAAGCAACCAAUCUCUCUGUGUGCCAUGUCAUGUGAUUCUUACUACAUUGUUCUUGCGUGCUGCCUAUCUGGGGAGAUCUUUCAUAAAGCCCAUACUGCUAGGUGGUGCUGAAUUCAUUAUUACAGAGCCUACCAUCUGUGAUAGACCCUGGAGCUGGUCUGGAGAAUAGAGAAGCCCCGACUGAAAGUAUUGAUGCCGGCUGUCUCUUCCUGCUCUGGAUCCCGAAUUCUCCAAGGGCCCAGACCAGCCCUUAGACUUCUCCAUAGUCCUCCCCUGCCCCACCCUCACAAAAAGGGAUAGUCUGAAGGUUUCUGAAGGUGCUAAAGGAAAUUGUAGAUUCACUGAAGCUCUCCAACUUAUUGCAUAGUAGCAUGUUUCAAGUACAUGAAACCCAUCAGAGGGUUGUAGGCCACCCAGAGUGGCUGGUGAAAUCCAGCCAGAUGGGUGGGGUAUAACUAAUAACUGUAUUAUUAUUAUUAUUAUUAUUAUUAUUAUUAUUAUUAUCAUCAUCAUCAUCAUCAUCAUCAUGAUGUUAUCACAUCCCUCCUGAAUGAGGCAUUUAAUCUUUGGGAACAUAAAGUUAAUUUAUUGCAGAGGAUAGCUUUCUUUAGAAUGGGAUUUCUGCCUUUGACAUGGCAUAUAAUAGGCUGCAAUCCCAACACCAUUGACUUGCAGGCAGUGCUUUUUUCUGGGAGGACGCAGGGGCACGCAUACACAUUUUGUGAAUCUAACUUUAGCCUCAUUGAGGGGCAGUAUUUCAUUCAAUAUGAGUAGGAAAAUGAGAGUAUCCCUAAACAUUUUUUUAAAAAAGCACUGCUUACAGGUAUGCCUCACUGAAUAUAAUAGGAGUUACUUUUGAGUAGACAUGGUUAGGCCUGUGCUGCUACGUGAGAAAUUGGAGCCAAUUUUCUUUAGUACUUUUUGUGCUUUGCCUCCUUUAUUUUGAUCUCAAUAUUGAUUUUUAUUUUUAUUUUUGGUUCUGUACUGCUUUAUUCUGGUCCCUGGAGACAAAAAAAGGAAAGGGAAGAAGAGUCCUAAUUUUAUUUUGGUGUGUCUUAAUUUGGCAGCUGUAGCCUUGGAAUCUUUUUGACACUUCUACUCCUGACUCAAGGUGUUUUGUUAACUUUUUAAACUGAUAAUUGUGCUAGAGCCUGCAUCUUCAGCCAGUGUUGGGGGUGGAUACACAAUUUAUUCACCAACCGUGUCUGUGUGUACUUCAUUGUCUUCGUUAAGCCCUGACGUGUGUUUCCCCGAGAUGACAGCUUACUGAAAAUGAAAAUGGAAUGGCACACCCAUUAACAUAAGUUAUGGUCUGUACUGUAAGUGUGGGUGUUUCUUCUGCUUUGUACAGGCUAUUUACAUUUGUCAUUAUUCUUUUAUUUGUGCAAAUAAUUCAGAUUUGAUGCCAUACAAUACUCACCUUACAAAAAAAGGAACAAUUAAAACUCAGACCUUGUGUAGUUGAAUCCCCAGGUUUUUAUGGUGUAUCUGGGGGUGAAACAACACAUUAUGAGGCUAACUUUGCAUUUGCUUCAUCAUUGGAGUCAGGGGUUUUUUCAAGGGAGAAUCUGUAGGUUAGAUUCCUAACCAUUCCCCAAUCUGUCCACUCUCCCCUGCAGCCCUUUGGCUGCCCCCACUCCAUUCCCUCGCCUUAGAAAAUAAGGUCCUGCUGGGGUGGGAAAGAGAAGCAAAGAUAAAUUAUGGAGGAGAAUCAGUGAAUGAGAGAACAGUUAAAAAUGCUUCCCCUCCCACGCACUCAUUUUCCUUGCCCCACUUCUACAUUACUUUUAAAUAGAAAGCAUGGGUUUGCAAUCAUACAUAUAUAUUUAUUUAUUAUAUAUGCAGUGCAGCUUAUUAGGACAUCUCAGACAAACCACCCUCUCUCAAACUUCAUCCCCAAUCUGCAGUAGGGGGAUAAUAACACACAGUAAAGAAGGGCAGUAGCAUUAGCGCUGGGAAUUUAGGCACAGUGAGUUACUGACCCCAUAAUACAGUGAAGCCUGCACUCUCCACUCCUGCUCUUCCUUGGACUGGGGCACACCCUGCUGCAGGCCUGCAUUAGGAGCCCUGCCAGUGAGUUGUCCAGGAAACUGUUUAAUAAACCACAUACCUUUCCAAUACCUAUGUAGAACCCAAAUUCUCAAGGCUCAACAAGCAACGCAAGCCCCCGGUUAUUCAUGAUGGUGUAGUACAGUGGAACCUCAUGUUACGUACCGUCCUCCUUGCGAACGCUUUGGGUUACGAGCUCCGCUAACCCGGAAAUAGAUGCUCCAGGUUGCAAACUUUGCCCUAGGAUGCGAACAGAAGUCGCGCUCUGGCAGGGCAGCAGCAGCGGGAGGUGCCAUUAGCGAAAGCGCACCUCAUGUUAUGAAUGGUUUCGGCUUGAGAACGGACCUCCGGACUGAUUUAAGUUCGUAACCAGAGGUACCACUGUAUAGCAGUGAAGAGACUUAAGAUACAUAUCAGAAAGUCUCCAGUUCUGCUCCCACAUCUGCCAUGCUCAUUGAGUUUAAACCACCACUCUCUUCCACCCUCUGUAGCUUUGACUCCCUCCCACAACUACAAAAUGGGGAUAAUAGUACUGACUUACCUUACAAGGUUGUAGCGCUUUACUGGACUACAACUCCCAGCAUCCCUGACUACCAGCAGGGCAGGGGCUGAUGGGACUUGUAGUCCAACAACAUGUGGAUGGCCACCGGUCAGCCACCUCUGCUGUAAAGAUUGCAAACAACAGUGUCUAUGAAGUGCUAUAAACAUAGUGCUAUAUCAGCCCUGUGUGUGUUUACUAUUAAUUGGUGCACCCAUGAAAAUGUACUAUAUGAAUGAAACAAACACGUUUGGAAACACACAUUCAUACAGAUACCCUUGAGUGCCAUGAUUAAUGCUAGUUCCCGCUUAUGUGGUCGCAAACGCAUGUUUGUUGCUAUGUUAGGUGUGGAAAGGCCUUGGGAAAACCAUUACCUUGGUGCUUAUCACUUUCCAGUUUGCUCUCAAAAGUAAACUCCCUUUGAACUUUGAAAACUAGUCUUCCAAGCAUGUCCAGUAAUGUUAUCAGCCCACUGGCCACACUGACCUGUGCAAGCCCUUGGUGGUAGGAAAUAACAGGCUUUUCUAAAGUUUUGCUGACUGCUUGGUUGGAGUCAGUUCUUACUUGGCUUCCCCGAUGGAAAAGCUCAGCCAGCCAGCCAGCCAGCCCUCCUUGGAGGCCUGCUUCUAAAAUCUCCGUUGUAAUUCUCUUCCAGUCUUGGUGGGUCCGGCCCGACAAGGAAACCGUGAACAUCUGGUAUGAGUGCACACUUAAUAACCACACCAACACCUGGGUCUGCAAAACAGUCUCUGACAGUGGUGAGUACCGCAAAGGCUAUUGCACAUCAUAUUAACUGCUGCUUCUCUACUGCAUGUAUAUAGUCUCCUCCUCUCUCAUCACCCCCAUACUUAUCUUUCCCCCACAGCAUGGCUUCAGGCAGUCCAAGCCUUCAUGGUUUUAAGUCUUCUCUUCUCCAGCUUAGCCUUCAUUAUCUUCAUGUGCCAACUCUACACCAUGAAGCGGGGAAGCCUGUUCUACGCCACUGGGAUCUUCCAGAUACUUACAUGUAAGUAUGGUGUGGUGAUUUGCUGUUUAGAGACCAGUUUAAUUAGCUUGCGGCGAGUAGUAACUCUCACAGGGAGAGACACAGCAUAGGAGCCAGAAAGGAAGUACAGUAAUACUUUGGAUGGGGAGAAGUAUGAGUGCAGCCUGGGGUAAAGCAGUGUGAUGGAGGGGGGCAUGUAUAUGUGUAGGAGCUGCUCUUGUGAGGAAGUAGUGAGGACAUGUAGGAGGAAGAGCCAUGCAGGUAUACCAUAAGACCCAGCAACACCAAAUUGCUAAGUAUACUACCACUUUUGGGGUAAUUCCACUGGAUAAAUCUGAAAUAUGUUAUCGUUCUCUUCUCUUCGAUGUUAUCAUAAAAUAUGCUGAGAUGCAAAGUGCAGAUUCCAAUAUGGAUGCCGGUGAGAUUUAUGCCUUGGGAUUUCAUUGUCACGCUGCAAAGGGAUCGCACAUUUAAAGCGCAUGGCUUUAAUCUAUGGUAUACAUCUCAAAGAGCUACAAUUCCCAGCACCCUUAACUACAGUUCCCAGGAUUCUUUGGGGGGAAGCCAAGAGCUUUAAAUACCUGGUGAAGAUGUGAGCAUUGAAUGCAGCUUUAGGUAGUAAGAUGUAGCUAACAGGGAUCCAGUGCUAAUUGUCUGCUUGGAUCUGUUUCCAGCUAUCUCCGUGUUCACAGCUGCCGUGAUCUACACCACCCACGUGGAACAGUUCCAGGGUGGCCAAUCACCGGGUGGGUCUUUUGGUUACUGUUUUGUGCUGGCGUGGCUGUCCUUUCCUUUGGCUCUUAUCAGUGGAAUCAUUUACAUCCACCUUCGGAAAAAGGAGUGACCAUCAACUGGAUGAUCUCUCCCAUUUGCCUUGGAAGGAGCCCUGUUCUCCUCUGAAUUUAGCUAUGUAUUAACUCUUUGCAGUUUUCAAAGGCAGUUAUGGUACAAAAUCCUAUGCGAUACAUGGAUUGGUCCACUGGGGUUCUGCAUUGUGAGUGUAUCACCCCUUGUUUGCAUGUUAUCAGGUACUUCCACAUAAUACAGCAAGUUAAAGGGGUGUCAUCUUGCACUUGGCAUUUCCCAGGGCUCUUCUAUUUUUCAGAUUUGGCAAAAAUUGAAAUACACAUUAAAACUCAAACUUGCAAACAUUUCUAGCAUUCUUUUUUCCUUUUAAUCCCCAUUUUUAAAAAUGGUGGAUUGAAUAUGUUUCUUGUGGGGUUUUUUUUAAUAAAAAAAAAAUCAGUGUUCUUUCCACAUUUGCAGCUUGGAAGCUAAAAUAUCAAACGUGGGGGGGACGGACCCUAAUAAAUUCAUUGAAAGAACUGAAACCACAAAAAUCGUAGAAAGUAGGACUUCAUCACGUUGUCCAUACAGAACUGAUUGUCAUGAAUUGAAAAAUCUGCAACUCUCUCUUGUUUCUCAACUGCUGGGACAUUAUGCACAGAGCCUGAUGAUAGCAGAGUUUGAAAUUGGUCAUUGAGAUCACCACGAAAAAUGAAUUUCAUCUUCUGAAUUUCAACCAUGAAACAUAAGGGCAUUUUUGCAUGUGCUGUUACACGCACUUUAAAUCAUGUAUUUUUAGGUUUUCACCUAAGACAUUUUAAGUGACAGCCUAAAAAUGCGAGGUGUGAUUUGGACAAAACCAUUUGCUAAUACUUGCAAAAUACCUGCCCACUGUUCAGGGAGUCACAAGUGAUUAUAACUCCCCCUUGAGUCAACCUUCAGUAACAAACCCCCAUUUUUCUGCAGAAUGUGUUAAAAUGACCCUGGUGAGAACUCAGAUAGCAUCACUUUCCUCUUCCCCUCCAGCCAGUAACUACUUUAAAGGAGUAUCUCACCACCCCCCCAGUCUGAGGUUAUACUCUGUACUUUCCCCAAAACAGCAUAGGGUGAGGUAUUUAAGCUAAUCAUAUCCACCAUCCUUCUAAAGCUGGGAGGAUUAAUCCUGCCUUCUUGCCCCAUAGCAAUUACGCACAAAAUAUUUGGAAAACAUGGGAAAGAUUUUGCUUCUCCAGUAGCCUUACCAAGCAGCCUGCUUGCAAGUUAUUAAAAACGGGUUCCUUCCAAUGAUAUUUCUGUAACAGUAUUAUAUAUGUGCUGGCUCCCCCAAAGUCCCCUUUCACCUUCUUGACCUGGCCUUUUAAUAUUUUAUACGCAUUUUAAGAAUAAAAGAAAACCUAAUAAACAAAAUUCAGCAG